AGCAAAUCUCACAAUAUCGGACGCCAGCCAUCGAAGUCCUCGCCAAGUCUGGCGUUUCAUCAGUUUUGUCGCGAACUUUACGUGUUCAAUAUGAAGCCGCUGGGACGCUUGCGUUCCCGUGAAAGUGAAUUGAAUUAGUGGACGGUUUAUUUUGGAAAGGAAUAAUCGAUCAGAGUUUUAAUUAAGCGGAGAAAACGCAAAUUUAUCAUGGUUCAAAAAAGUUAUGUGCCAAAGUGAAGAAAUCCGAUUACGAUCUGAAAAACCCAAAACUUCCUGAAUUGGAAAAAUUUUACAAAUUUGUUACUCGAAUGUGUAAACGUUUUUGGAAAAGUUAAAGUAUUCAAGUUGUGACUCAGUUUACUCGAUUGUCAUUAAUGAAGCUUGUGUACGAAAUGGUUUUGUUUUUCUACCAUUGCGCAUAUAUGUGGAUGGGAUUGUGAAAAUUGUCUGGCCAUAAUUCUCCACAAAUUGCUAUUGAAGGGGGUCAACGACAAAUUUGAAUCGCUACAAACUCCCUUUGUCGGCGACUCCUCAAAUUAACAUACCACCAAAAGUGAAAGAUGCUGUUAGCGGAACUAGCAUAAAAGGGUCCUUUGGACUCUAUUACAAAUAGAUUCAUCCAAGCAAACAAAAGCCAAGGCUACUUAAGUGAUAAAUAAGCAUUCAAAUAUACAAAUAUACAAGUAUAUAGACAUUUGUGUGCUUAGAAGUGUGCCCGAUAGAAAAGAAAUUUCAAAUAAAUUUGGUGUUGCCUGUCGAAAAGCCUGUCCUGACAAAGUUUUAUGAACCGUGCUGUGCGUCGUCUUGAAUGCAAGAAAUUGUCCUAAUAAAUGAGAGAUUUUGACAGUGAUGUGAAGGCCGAAAAAAAUAUAAUAAGCCAAAUUGUCAUGAAAUAAGGCAACUAACGCGGGCUUAAGUGCGACUUUGAUUGAAUACGUCUGGAAUUGUCUGAAUCAUAAUACUAUGCCUCAUAGACAAGGCAAGUCUCAACUCACAUUGGAUUACACAUAAACGGAAAAGUUAUAUUAAUCUUGAACUUUGACUGCAAUCCCAGCCCAUUCGCUGCGAGUGGAAAUAGCGGAAUAUACAUAUGUCUUGAUCCAAAAAAGGAGUUCAAGAUUUGUAUAUGCACGAUUCAGGCCUAAGGAGAACUGAACAAAGCGGAGAGAAAGCGACAAACAGAUCAAGUUCUUAAAUAUAUGCGAUAUUUGGUUAAGAAGUUGAAGGCAGGCAGCCAAAAGAAAAACAAUCUAACAAUCUAAGCUCUGACACAUUCAGUCAAUUGAGCUGGGCCUUUGAGUGGGGUCUAUUAGCAUAUGCUCUGAUGCAGCUGUUGGCCGAGAGCCUCAAGCGAAGCGGAAAUAAGUCCAUUUAGGGAGCUGACAGCAGAACGGCUCCGAGCCCAGAACGUCGCGGCUGGACUCUAAUUGCAGAUGAGCACUGCUGCUGUCGAAGCGCAAAAGAACUGUGCGUAGGACUUGCAAAGAACGUCUAACUACAUAGAGAAAUCCUUUGUCUAACGAAGGACUCCGUUUUGCUAACUGGUCACAGCCCCGCCCCACGGCGAAGGCUACACGAUUGAGAUGGAGAUGGAGGUGCCACGAGCCAGCCAGACCCGAACCCGGACCCGCACGCGCUCUCGCUCCGGCUGCCUGCGUCUAGGACUCGCACUGCUGGCCUUGAUAUUGGCGCAGUCCUUUGACUAUGUUCUGUGCGGCGAGAAAUUGGCCCUUUUAUCGGCCACACUGCGCACAUAUCAGAAGGCGGCCUGUGAUACGGAUCAGGUGGUAAUUGCUUGCCCGCGCGGCACCAGCAUUUCAAUUGAAUUUGCCCAGUACAACAAGUUUGUGGCGAAAGAUGGCUACAGCAUUGAGGAGUUGUGUCCCAUCUCUGGCACCGUAAAGCCCGAGAUUCGGGGAAAAGCAAAACACUUGCUGCGGGGCUCCAUUUUUGGCUCCACCUCGCAAAAAGUGCCCGCCAACCGCUAUGUGAACGGCGGCUAUGCCAUUGCCGUUGAAGUUCCUACUAGCACCAGUGGACCAGGAGGAACCAUUACCGAAUCUUCAGCAGACAAUGCUCAAAAGAGCGAAAGCUCUCCUGAAAACUGCAUGUGGCCAAAUGCUCUUCAGUACUCCUUGCUGCAGACUGUGGUGGAGGCCUGCCAGAAGAAAAAGCACUGCAAGUUUCACGGAUCUCCACAGUUCUACGGGCUGGGCGCCAGCGGAGUGGGCGAUUCAUCCGGCACCAGCAGCUAUCACAGCAGCACGGCCAGCUCGAAUGCAAUCAGCAACGACCCCUGCCCCAAGCGCAGGAAAAUCGUCGAGGUCGCCUACAAAUGUCGCCCAUAUGAGUUCCGCAGCAAGGUUGCCUGCCACAACGAUGUCGCUCAGCUGGAAUGCAAUCCGUACUCGCGGAUUGCCGUUUACAGUGCAAGCUUUGGACGCACGGAAUACGAGAGCAUUCAGUGUCCACAGCCGCAGGGCGUCCGCGAGGAGACAUGCCUUGCCUCGUUCGCCACGGAGACUGUGAUGCAAAUUUGCCACGGACGAAGGCGCUGCAACUUGGCCGCUGAUGCGAAUACCUUUGGCACCCCGUGCCAGCCAAACUCGCGAAUGUAUUUGAAGGUUGUUUACACAUGCGUGCCGAAGCAAGUGUUAAAGGAGAGCAACGAGUCAGAGGUGGAGGCUGACGAAAUGGAGGACUUUGAGGGCGACAUCAAUGACCUAUACGACGAUGAGCUCAUCUACAAAGAGUCGGAGGCCAUACCCAAGCUAUACAGCAACACAACCAAAACAGUUGCAGGCAACGGAACUAGCGGCGGCGGCGGUCUCGCUGCCAACUCCAAUCCAGAGGGCAUUCACACCGUCACAAACGGCUCGCUGGACUCAGAUGUGGAUGGCAGUGGCGUCAAUCCGGUGAUGACACACAGCGCCGACUUGAGUCUGGAGGACGACCAGCAGCGUCUCUAUUUAUAUCUCUUAAUUGUCGGAUUGGUCGGUGUCCUCUUCUCCAUUCUGAUUGUGGCCACGCGCCUGGUGCUGCAGAAGCGGCGCAUGGCCAGUGACACGCAGUCCAAUUCAUCUACAAAAGGGGGCACCGCUGGAGGCCUGGGCGACGAGACGAACAUCCCCAGCGGCUUUAACGACACCAUUUCCGAGAUAGACGCCGACAUUGACCUUACCACUUCCAUACCAGUGCCCAGCGUAUCAAAGAACGAGAACUACAUCACUUACGCGCCAGCCAGCAGCUUGUAUACUAGUCUAGCGCCUAGCCAGCUGGCGACAGUUGGCGGACCCUGCACGGCCUCCGGUUUGAUUCCCAACCCCCUUUUAAUGGGUGCACGGCAGUCGCCGGACCUCAUCGGCAUGUCGCCAAGUACCUAUGUAGCUACAAGUAGCGCCGGCAGCGCUACUGGUGCACAGGGGUCCAUGGCGAGCAUUUUGGCACCGGCAAUUGUAAUUGGCGCGAACGAUCCUAGUGGAACUUUGCCCGGCAGCAGUGGCUUAAACACCAUGGUGCCCAUUACAUCUCUGACCCAGUACACAACGGCGCCCACCAUUCGCGGUGGAUACAUCAUUAAUGCCGAGGCCAUGAGCGUGCUGCAGCGACCGAGCAACACACCGACGCCACCCUCCUCUUUAGCUAGCGGCUCCCCGGCGCACCCACCGACACAGCAGCCGCCGACCACAUCGCCUCUAGCAAUGACAUCGCUAAGUCAUGUGCCUGCUCCAGGCACAUCAACAUUGCGCCGCACAAAGCCCGGUACCACAGCUAUGCUCCAUCCUCAGCUGUCCUAUGACGGCACGGCCCCGCGUACUCUAUCAACUGGUUUAUCGGUGAGCUCGCAGUUUUAUUACGGAUGACCAAGCACGGGGGACUGUGAGCCUCACGUGUAUACUACAGCCAUCAGCGUGACCGCCCCUAACGUCCAUAGCUAUGCCAGACAGGAUGUCACAGGUACUCAGGCAGAGUCUCAUUCAGACGCUGCUCAUGGGCCGGCAGCUAGGCCCUAGCCACAAGCCAACAAUGGGUCAACAGUACCCUUGGCCACUUCUAGCAUAAACGACAAUACAAAUCUACAGGGGAAUGAUCUAAGCCCAGAGACCUGCUGCCAGAAUCGGAAUCAGCAACAACA